AUGACCUAUUCCUCCUUUCCUUUUCCCCUCUAUCUUCACAUUCAUUCUUCUUCUCUAUUUCAAAUUCACCUUGCCUUCCUUCCAUCCCUCCUUCUGCUGCUUUUCCUUUAUUUCUAUAAUCUCUCCCACCCUUCAUUUUCCCCUCUUCUUUCAUCCUUAACACCCACAAUUCUUCUCUAUGUCAAAUCUUUCCUUAAUUCCUCUGUUUUUUCUCCUUCCUUUCUAAUCUCUGUCCCUAUCUCCUUUUCUCUUCUUCCUUCCCACGCAUUCUUCCUCUCUAUUUCAAAUCUUUUUCAUUCAUUCCUCCCUUCUCCUGUUUUUCCUUCCUUCCGUUAUCUAUUCCCCACUUCCGUUUCUCCUCUUCCUUCACGCAUUCUUCCUCUCUAUUUCAAAUCUUUUCAUUCAUCCCUCCCUUCUCCUGUUUUUCCUUCCUUCCGUUAUCUAUUCCCCACUUCCGUUUCUCCUCUUCCUUCACACGCAUUCUUCCUCUCUAUUUCAAAUCUUUUUCAUUCAUUCCUCCCUUCUCCUGUUUUUCCUUCCUUCCGUUAUCUAUUCCCCACUUCCGUUUCUCCUCUUCCUUCACACGCAUUCUUCCUCUCUAUUUCAAAUCUUUUUCAUUCAUCCCUCCCUUCUCCUGUUUUUCCUUCCUUCCGUUAUCUAUUCCCCACUUCGUUUCUCCUCUUCCUUCACACGCAUUCUUCUCUCUAUUUCAAAUCUUUUUUCAUUCAUCCCUCCCUUCUCCUGUUUUUCCUUCCUUCCGUUAUCUAUUCCCCACUUCCGUUUCUCCUCUUCCUUCACACGCAUUCUUCCUCUCUACUUCGGAUCCUUCCUUUCUUCUUUUUCUUCUUCUCUUUCGCAUUUCAUUUCAACCUUACAUUCUAUUUACCCUUCUCUUCCCUCCCCUUCUGCUAUACCAUUCUCUCUCUCUCUCUCUCGCUCUUUGCUUCUUUUCGCCCUCUUCAUACCAAAUUUCUUUUCUUUCUUUCUUUCGUUCCAUCUUUCCAUCCUUCCUUUCUUCCUCGUUCUUUUCCUUUCUUCCUCUUCGUUCCUGCCUGCCUGCUUUCCUUCCUGCCUCCUUCCUUCCUUCCUUCCUUCCUUCCUUCCUUCCUUCCUUCCUUGCUUCCUUCCUCCCUCCCUCCCUUCCUUCGCUCAUUCCUGCCUGCUUUCCUUCCUUGCCUUCUUCCUUCCUUCCUUCCUUCCUUCCUUCCUUCCUUCCUUCCUUCCUUCCUGCCUCGUUUCCUUCCUUCCUUCCUUCAUGCCUGCUUUCCUUCCCUACCCUCCUUUCCUUCCUUCCUUCCUUCCUUCCUUCCUUCCUUCCUUCCUUCCUUCCUCCCUCCCUUCCUUUGCCUGCUUUCCUUCCUGCCUUCUUCCUUCCUUCCUUCCUUCCUUCCUUCCUUCCUUCCUUCCUUCCUUCCUACCUGCUUUCCUUCCUGCCUCGUUUCCUUCCUUCCUUCAUGCCUGCUUUCCUUCCUACCUCCUUUCCUUCCUUCCUUACUUCCUUCCUUCCUCCCUUCCUUUCAUGCCUGCUUUCCUUCCUACCUCCUUUCCUUCCUUCCUUCCUUCCUUGCUUCCUUCCUUCCUUCCUUCCUUCCUGUCUGCCUGCUUUCCUUCCUGCCUCCUUCCUUACUUGCUUCCUUCCUUUUCUCCCUUCCUUCCUUGCUUCCUUCCUCCCUCCCUUCCUUCGUUCAUUCCUGCCUGCUUUCCUUCCUGCCUCCGUUCCUUCCUUGCUUCCUUCCUUCCUUCUUUCCCUCCUUCCUUCCGUUUUCGUUUCCUGUUUACUUCUCACUUACUUCAUCUAUCCUCUCUCUAUUCAUUUCUUCUUCCUCUUUUCCUUCUUUUCUUCCUCCCUUCUUUCUUUUCUUCCUCUUUGAAUCUUUCCCCUCCUCGCUCUGUCUCUAUCAACAUCUAUCUAUUUUGCCUAUUACUUCUCUCCGUCUUCCUUCUCAAUUGCUUAUCAAUGUGAUUGGACAACAGAAGUAG